GCUCAUUUCCGGUAAGGAAGUACUCCAAUCAUAACAAAUGCUAGCUCUUCGUUGACAUAUUUUGCAACUUCCAAUGAGUUUCACGUUUGUUGAGACGUUUCGCAGUUAAUUAUCACCAACGUGUGUACCCAUGGAGACGCCAGAGCCGGGCCCAGCAGACGGAGAGGAGCAUCUCGUGGAGCUGCGACCUCGGACGCGCUCCAACCCUGAAGGUGCUGAGGACCGUCGCAGCAGCACGGGCAGCCUCGGAGGGAACAGUAACCCCAACAUAUCUCAGCCCGCUGUGGGGAGUCGUGUUGAGGGUGAGGGUGAGGCAUCAACCAGCGACAGUCCUCCCAGUUCCACGACCACAACCCUGUCAGUAGCUGUAGCUCAGACUGUAGCCCCAGUUGCAGCAGCAGCUGCGGCCACAGUGCCUCUAGCCACUGCUGUCGUUGCAGCCAAAGAGAGGCCAAAGCCCACACAGCAGCAGCCCACAUUGACAACCCCCAUCCCGCCACCAGCAGAGUACCAGCUCAGAGUUCCACGCGUCAACUGUCCAGAGAAAGUGAUCAUCUGCUUAGACCUUUCCGAAGAGAUGUCUUUGUCAAACUUGGAGUCUUUUAACGGGUCUAAAACAAAUGCCCUGAACAUAUCCCAGAAGAUGAUUGAGAUGUUUGUCAGAACUAAACACAAGAUUGACAAACGGCAUGAGUUUGCCCUUGUAGUAAUCAAUGAUGACGCUCUGUGGUUGUCAGGCUUCACUUCUGACCCCAGGGAGCUGUGCAGCUGUCUGUAUGAUCUGGAGACCAAUGUGUGCGAGUCCUUCAACCUUGAAGAUCUUCUUAAUGUAAUUCGUCAGAAGAUUGAGCUGCCGUCGAUGGACAAUGUUCAGACCGUCCCUCCUCCAUAUGUGGUGCGGGCGGUGCUUAUCUACAGCCGCCAUGCAGGACGGCUUCAGUUUAGCCCUUCAGAGGCUGUUAGUAAAAUGCUGCAGUCUCCGUAUUUCUUCUUCGAUGUGGUCUACCUACACAACGGGGUGGAGGAGCAGGGGGAGGAGACCAGCUGGAGGGACAACUACACUUCUUUCUGCAACCUGGACUCAAAGGGCAUGUGCUAUCGCUUUGAAGUUUCCUUGAGUGGACCUGCCAUCGAGCUGCACAACUGCAUGGCCAAACUUCUGGCUCACCCUUUGCAAAGACCUUUCCAGAGCCACGCGUCUUACAGCCUGCUGGAGGGGGAAGACCUCCAGGACAUUGAGGCAACAGUGUAAAACAUGGAACACUCAUAAAGCCCAGUUUCUCCGUGAAAUGAACACACUGUAGUUUAUUAGAAAGGGGGCAGGGGCUUUCUAAGUACACCUUUUUUAUAACUGAAGGUUUUUCCAUUGACUGCUGAAGAGCAAUACUUUGUACGAAUAUUUGUGAAGACAAGGUGUAGUUCUCAUGAAACAGGGUUUUAGCAGGUUACUUAACUCAUUUGUUGUUUCCAUAAAAGUCAUGAUUGUUCCAAGCCGCAGAAGUAAUAAAAUUAUCAGUUUUUUGGCUGUAACACUGCUGGAGGUGUCCAAGGGUUGAGGUGAUAUAGUGGAUGUCAGAGUCCAGGAGUCGGACACAAGUAGGAGAAGAAAAAAGGAUGAUAAUUAAAGCGUCAGGCUUUGUUAAACUUGCUCCCUUAGCAUUACAUUUUUCUUUAAAAUCAUCACCGCACUGAUUUGUCUGAGAGUCUCAAACGGCCAGCUAUCAAAAGCUGUCAAACUGUGAUAUGAUGUACUGUAUCACAGAGGUCACGCCUUCUGUAAUAUUUCCUUCCCGUUUAGGUCGUAAUGUUCACCCUUUUUGUAGCAUGUUUUUAAUGUUUUUUUUAAAUUUGUCAGCCUUGUAUGUUUUUGCAGACAAUGAAAGAAUGUACAGUAAUGUAGAAGUGGCCCCUCCUUUGUUAAUGAUCUCUGAGACAUUGAUGGAUUGAUUGUGAAAAAGGCCCCAUACUGCCAGUCUAGCUGCACUUGAAAAGCAUUGUACAGGUGAGCUUCUUGUAGCUGUUUCUGCAUAUUAAAGAAAGACAUGUUGAAUCAUA